AUGGAACAUGCAUGGAGGGAGUUGAGGCAUGACCAGAAAUGGGCCUCCACCAAUGUGGGUAAGGACGGUGGGAAUGAAAAGCGGAAACAAGUUGAUAUAGAAGAAGAAGUGGGAGAACCAGAGGGUAGACCUAUAGGGAUCAAGGCUUCUAAAGCUGCUGCUAAGAAGAAGAAGAAUGGUAAAGAAGAGUUGUUGUCACAGAUUCAGGCCAUAAUGGAGAUGAAGUCAAAAGUGUCAAAACAGAAGUUGCUUGAACGUCUACUUAGCAAAAAAGACCCACUCACUGAGAUGGAAACAUCUCUUAAGCUCAAACUCAUGUCUGAGAUGUUAUGA